AUGAGGCUCUCGUACCUCUUCACCUUCAUCCUCCUGUUCGGAAUGCUGGGGCUGCUCUUCCUCAUCCAUAUUCAGGACUUACUGGAGGUGAACCGCCAGGAGACCACAGGCUCAGACGAGACGGGUGGGAAAGGGCAGGUAGAAUUCAAUCUGGAAAAUUGUGAAGUAAUUCUCUUUGGAAGUUGGAGCAUGGAGGCAGAGCACAGGGCUAAUGAUAGAAUUCUUAGCAAUGGAGGAACAGAGGGAUCUCAAGGUCUAUAUCCACCUCCUUCCAGUGAUGCCACACAAAUUGAUAGCGUGGUUAAGAAGGGUGAGUGUGACUGGAGCUACAAUGCAGAGAGCCUUGCCGUUCAGCCCAUCGUCACUCCUGACCGUCUGGCACGGAGCUCUGCCCACAAGGACCCGCUGCCGAACCCAUCCUUCCGCGGGCAGCGGCGCAGGCGUAGGAGGAAGGCAUUGGACGGGACGAGGCAGGCGGAGUUACAAUGGCACCAUCGCCAUUACCAGCGGACGCCUAACCAGAGAUCCGCCAGGUACCGCCCGCUAAGGGAGCGCCCGUCGGCCUCUCACUUCCUGGGGCCGCGGGGGCGCCGCUGGCUCGGGGACGUGCAGCAAGGCCGCCGGCAGCUGGUGGAGGAAGCCUGCCUCAAGUACCGGGGUGGUGGCAGCGCCCUGGGCCCCGGUCUGGUCUCACCGCACCACGUCUCCAGGAUCUACGUGGAGGACCGGCACCGGCUGCUGUACUGUGAGGUGCCCAAGGCAGGAUGUUCCAACUGGAAGCGGGUGCUGAUGGUGCUGAGUGGGCUGGCCAGCUCGCCAGCUCACAUCGAACACCAGGUCGCGCACUACGGCAACUCACUGCGUCGCCUCGACAGCUUCGACCGGGCCGGCAUGGCGUGGCGGCUCCGCACCUACACCAAGGCGCUGUUUGUGCGCGAGCCCCUCGAGCGCCUGGUCUCGGCCUUCCGCGACAAGUUCGAGCAGCCCAACGCCUACUACCACCCAGUCUUUGGCCGUGCCAUCAUCGCCCGCUACCGGCCCAAUGCUACCCGCCAGGCACUGCUGUCUGGCUCGGGCGUCACCUUCCCCGAGUUUGUGCGCUACCUGCUGGACCCGCGACGGCCGCUCGGCCUCGACAUCCACUGGGAGCGUGUCGGCCACCUCUGCAGCCCCUGCCUCAUUCGCUAUGACUUUAUCGGCCAUUUUGAGAGCCUGGGCGCAGAGGCGCAAACGCUGCUGAGGUUAGUCGGUGCCCCUGCCAACCUCACCUUCCCCCGUUUCAAGGACCGACAGCGAGGGGUGGAGCGCACCAGCCUGCGCCUCAGCCGCCACUACCUCGCCCAGCUGUCGGCUGACCAGCGUCGCCACACCCAGGACUUCUACCUUGCCGACUACACCAUGUUCAACUACACACGGCCCUUUGGGACAGGGCUAGACUGA